AUGGCGAUGGCUGACGGUUCCACUAGCAGGCUGGCGAACCGACCGACACCACCGUCCGCAGCCCGGGACGCAAUGCUGGGCAAGCUGAAAAUGACGGACAAGCAGAAGUACUCGGCACAGGAGACGAUACAGGCAAAGCUGCUCUUCUUCCCCGAGGGUACGCGCGGCAACGGUGACAAGCUGCUGCCAUUCAAGAAGGGAUGCUUCCACGUCGCCGUCGAAUCGCAAGCCUUCAUUCAACCGGUGGUCAUUUCGAAGUACCAUUUUUUGAAAUCCAAAGCGAAGAUCUUCAACCGAGGGCAAAAUAUCAUCAAAAUUCUACCGGAAGUGUCCUGCGCGGGCCUUUCCAAGGACGACAUUCCAGCGCUGAUGGAACGGGUACAGAAGAUGAUGCAGCGGGAGUACGAACAGCUGUCGGAGGAGUCCCUUUCGAUCAACAAUAUUAGUGAGGUGCAUUAGACUCAGCGAUUGGCGGUGGGUCUCCUCAGGCUCUGUACACGUGCAAUACAAAACAAUUGACCUGGGCAAUGAAUGUUUUAGGGGUUUAGGAAAAGAAAUCAAAAGCAGAAAAGACAGACAGGAAUGCUGCUACCAAGUGCUUUUUCCCAGGUAUGGGAAGAAGUAGACAGGUUCACCAAUAUCAUCAUCAUCGCCUUAUCGCUAACGGAUAGACAGUAUAAAACAAACCUCCUCAUUGAACAGA